CAGCUUUGCCCUUGACUCCGUCUCCGUUUGGAGUCCAUGUGCCACGAUCAUGGCACCCAAACGAGCCGCACGGGCGCCAGGUGGACGAGAGCUGGUGUCCGCCCCGGAAGCUUCGGCAAGUCUGGUGCAAUGCGGUGGGGGGAAAUCUCCCAUGCAGCUGGGUCCAGAAGGAAGGAUGUAUAUCAUCAGGGAGUCGAUCAUGCCGAUGCUGCAGCUGACGCAAGAUGAGAAACCCAUCGUCUGGCGGCCCUUCAAAUGCCCCAGGGGUCAAGCCCUGGAAGGACUGGGUAAAAGAACCCUGGGCAGCCGCCUGCGCGACUUCAGCGGCUCCAGCGUGGCCACGGUGAAACGGUUCGUGGAAGACGAGAAGCCUCAGGAGGAGCCAGUGGAUGAAGCCACCAUCGCGUCGCACAAAUUGGUGCUGUGGACCCCGCCGGCCGACGACCCUGAGCACCGGAAGGACGUCAUCGUCGACUUCGACGUGUCCUGCAAACUGCGCGAGCAUCAGCGUAUCGGUGUGCAGUUUCUCUUCGACUGUCUCAUGGGGCUCAAGGACUUCAAUGGCUGCGGCUGCAUUUUGGCCGACGACAUGGGCCUGGGAAAGACCCUGCAGUCCGUGGUGGCCAUCUGGACCUUGCUGACGCAGGGUGGCCCCUACGGCCGCGGCUGUUGCCGGAAAGCCUUGGUGCUCUGUCCUGCCUCGUUGGUGAAGAAUUGGGCCGGCGAACUGGAUAAAUGGCUCCACGGCAAAUGCAAAUAUCACGCCUGCGCCGUGACAGGGCAGGCACAAGUGAGUGGCACGUUUGGCUCCUUCAAGUACGAUCGAGAAUCUCGGGUACUCAUUGCUUCGUAUGAGACCUUUCGCAAUCACGCUCGGGAGGUGGAAGACGCGGGGAUCGAUUUGGUGGUCUGCGAUGAAGCGCACAAGCUGAAGAACGACGAGGCAGCAACCACGAAAUGUAUCUCUGCAUUGCCGGCGAAGCGUCGGCUGCUCAUCAGUGGCACACCGAUUCAGAACAGUCUGGAGGAGUUCUUUACCUUAGUGAGCCUGGCGAAUCCAGGCGUCUUUGGCGCCCUGCACGAGUUCCGCAAGAAGUUCGCCAACCCCAUCCUGCGCGGCCGGGAGCCCACGGCCAGCCCGGAGGAACGCGCCAAAGCGGAGGAGAUGCUCUCGGAAGUUUCCCAUGUGACGGACAAGUUCAUCUUGCGGCGCACCAACCGACUGAACGCGCGCUUUUUGCCUCCCAAGCAGAUCUUCAAUGUAUUCGUGAUGCCCACGGACUUCCAGCGACGCCUCUAUCGGAGCUUUCUCAAGUCCAAUGUGGCCCGGAAGUUAUUGGAAGAUCAGAAUUGCAAAAUGACCCGCUCGGUGUUGAGCACCAUCAAGAAGCUGCAAGGCUUGGUAAAUCACCCCUUCCUGGUGCGUUCCAGGGAGCAGAAGCUGGAGGCGGGCUUUGACGACGAUGAGACGCGAGCCAUGUUCGAAGAGAUCGAUCGCAUGGACCGCGGCUUGCGGGGAGCCAAGCCCGUCCGAGAGGAGCUCUCAGGCAAGUUGGCCUUGGUCCAUCAGAUCUUAUCUGCCAUCAAAGCCUCCGGCAACGGAGAUCGAAUCGUGCUGAUCUCUAACUGGACACAAACCCUGGACCUGAUUGAGCGACUUUGUGCGCAAUGCAACUGGCCGACACAUCGAUUGGAUGGCACCAUGGCCAUCACCAAGCGAAUGAAACUGGUGACAGAUUUCAAUCGACCUGAGAACGAGCAAGCGUUCGCGUUCCUGCUCUCCUCGAAAGCCGGUGGAUGUGGCCUGAAUCUCAUCGGCGCCAAUCGCUUGGUGAUGUUCGACCCCGAUUGGAAUCCUGCCAACGACAGGCAGGCGAUGGCCCGGGUGUGGCGUGACGGACAAAAGAAGCCCUGCUACAUCUACAGGCUCUUUACCACUGGCACCAUUGACGAGAAGGUUUACCAACGCCAGAUCUGCAAGGACGGCCUGUCCAACAUGAUGGUCACCGAAACAGGUGAAGACGAAGCGCAGAUGACGGAGAGCUUGGCUUCGGAUUUGGUGAAGGACCUCUUCACUUUCUCAGAGAGGACAGCCUGUGCCACCCACGACAUGUUGAGCUGUGAAAGAUGCGGGUCCAACGGACCAGCUGUGCCACAGGAGGAUGAGGUGUUGGAAGACGACCUCGGCACUUGGUCACAUCAUCCAGGCACCGAGGGGGUCAAGGACGACAUCCUGCAAGCGGCGGCCAAGGAGUUGCUGAAGCUUCGAACUUGGACACGAGGAUCUGCCAGUGCCAAUGUGGCGCUGGGCGGAGUCUCCUUCACCAUGGGCUGUCACAUCGAGUACACGAAAGAACAAAUUGCGAAAUUGGAAGCGGAAGAAAAGGCAGAACAGGAGCGAAGGAAGGCCAAAGUGAGUGAAGAGAGCGUCUCAAAGGCUGCGGUCCAGGCAGCAGCCAGUCCAGCGAAAGCUUCGAAAGCAUCGAGUUCCACUUCGCGGUCGAACGAGACGUCGGCAGUUUCGCUGCAGGCCUCGGGUUCGAAGAUUUCCUCUCGGCCGAAAGAGGUUUUGAAGGUUUCGGAGACGGUGGUCUCACCGCCUGCCGAGGCGGUACCUUCUCUGCGCAUCCAGGGAAAGUCUGCGCCGGGCGAGGCAGGUGGCAAAGAGGGGCAAAAAUUUCUGCUGACUUUAGAUAUACUUCUAUGGGGGUUUCCAUAG